AUGGAAGCAGGGCAGAUGAAAUCGCUGGUCGAUUGGGACGCCUACAUCCGGGAUUUCCAUCCCGAUCUCGAUCUCCAAAGCGUGGACAACGUGUGGAAAUGGAAUCGCACGAAGCCGUUGACUCUGGCCUUCUUCAUCCAGCAGCUGCAGGCCAAGAAGCUGGUGAAGGAUUUUGAAGAUCUCGAACCAUCGAGCCCCUUCCGGGUCGUCAUCUUGGGCGGCAACCCCGAGGAAGAGGAGAACGCACUUGAGUUCUGGGGCGAUGCCCUGGAGAAGGUGCUCAAUCUCGUAGAGAAGGAUCGUCGACUGGAUAUCGUGAUGAUUGGACCGCAAGUGAGCCCCGAGCGGCACAACACGAGCGUGGAUCUCACGCCACGCCUGCGAAUCACCUUCUACAAAGGGCGAUUCCACGAUUAUCGCGAGGAUCUCGUCGAUGACAAGAAGUACGAGGAUCCGCACAUGUUCCUGGCGUACCACAGUGGCUUCCACUUCUACAUUGAGUCGUGGACGAGCACCCUCGUGGCCCUGUUCAACGACGGCGUCGUGGGCUGCUUCACCUCGCACGACCUCCAGGAUGAGAACAAGCAGUGGCAGUGGCUCACGGGCUGCUGCGACUUCGAGACCCUCCUCGAGCCUUCCACCAACCCCUUCCGGUGCGAUCGAAAGGAGAGGAAACGAGCCUACAAUGACCGCCUCUUCGCCAUCCGCGGUUUGCCCGACAGCCUCUACGUGUUCGCUUCCUCUGGCCCGCGACGGCUCGAGAAGGGCGAAUAA